AGGGAAGCCACGCGCCGCCGCCAUCCCGGCUGGAGGGGUGCCCGCCCGCCGUGUGCCCCUCGGGGGUCGCUCAGGGCUGGCUUAAAGUACAGGAGAGUGUGUGAUCGCAGUUAAUAUCUUAAGGAUAAAGAUUACCAGAGGGUCAGAGAGAGAGAGAGCUUGUGAGGCUGCCCUGUGCCCUGGAUGAGAUCCUGUCCUUGGGCUCUGCUCUGUGGGAGGCUCCUGCCUGACCUUGGAGCAGGAGCCAUUUCCCAUCACAUCCCAGCCAACCUCUGGAAACACCUGGGGUGCAGAAGUGGACGUGAGCGUUUGCCUGGUGCUGCUGAGGUUCUGAGAGAGAAAGGACACUCAAAGCAUCACUUACUGAUUGAUCCCCACCUGAGAGAAGGCUCAGUGAGACAGAGAGCAGCAGCAUGGGUGAGAGCAGUGACAGAGGGUGCAGCAGUUCCAGUUCCCUUCACACAGAUCUCUCCAACCUUGUGAUCUGGGCACACACUCAUGGCACCAUAUGCAACCAGAUCCCAGGCCUGGAAUUCAUGGAGAACGCAGAUCAUGAUGUGAGCAGUGACAACGCUGUGCUGUGGAUGUGCAGAGCUGGACAUGCCUACCACUGGCACUGUGGGAAGUCACACAACACAGGUGAAGAAGUGCCUGAGGCUCUAGGAGGGAGAAAGAGGCUCCUGCCUUCUGAAUCUUUGGCAAGGGAAUCCAGCUUUAAAGAAAAGAGGCUCAGGCUGGCCCCAUCAUCUUUUGAGAUGGACCAAGAAGAUUCUGGGAGCACAGAGUCAUGUGGCAGAUCCCAAGGGGUCGCUGAGCAGAAGGCUGGCAGUCCCUACACAAGGAAUAAGGAGCCCAAGGGGAGUCAAAAUAGCAGGAAACACAAAUUCUCUGCAGCAGAGCAGCACUUCUCUGUGUCUGGUAGUAGAGUCCAGACUGGUGAGCAGCAUGUGAAGUCCAAAACGUACAAAGAUGCAGAGAUCAUUAUCUCUGAUGACGAGCAGUGUGAGGCAGAUGAAGACAGCAAAGGAGACAGAACCAGCCAGGAUAAUGUGUCAGAGCCAUCUGCUGAGAAGUUGCAGAUGCAACACUGCCAGAAGAUGGCAUUGCACCAGCCAACAGCCUCCCCAAAAACUGCCUUUGCCCCCACAGCAAAGCCAUCCCUGGCCCGUGCCUACAUUCUGCCGGCUCAUGUCAGCAGCUCAGAGGAUCUGAACAGGAACAUCCUGAGGCUGGCUCCUUCCACUGCUGCAGGGCCCAUGGCUGAAACUUCCAGAGCAAGGAGCCUCCCGGGGUCAGCAGCACCAAAGGUAUGUCCCAAACCCCUUCCUGUCCCCAGCACUGAAGCCGAGGCCCAGCUUGAAUCCCAGCCCUCAGUGAUGUUCUUUGAGCUCCAAGCCACUACUGCUGCUCAGCAACAUCUCCAGCUGAGCCCUUCAGAGUGUGGCACACUGGGAAUGGGCUCCAGUGGGGAUGGUGCUGAGAACGUGGGUGAGGACAGUGACACAUCAGGAUCUGAGCAGGAACCUUCUUCUUCAGCCUUCCAGAGUCCAGAGGGACAUCCACCUGCAGCCUCAAAUGGAGAUGUGCUGAAGAAGCAGGAGAAAAAGAAAAGCAAUACCAUGGGACACAUAAAUGUGUUUGAAGAGUGGCUGAGGGGGCACUACCCCUCCGAGACACGCGAGAUCCACAGGCUGCCUCCCGCAGACCUCGACCAGUACCUGCUGUCCUUCUUCAGCUGUGCCAAAAAACAGAAUGGCAAGGAGUUUUCUGCCAGUUCCUUAAACAUCUUCAGGUACAGCAUCAACAGGUACCUCCAGGAGCACCACUACCAGUACAGCAUAUUGAGAGGGCCAGAGUUCAAGGCCUCUCAGGAAGCCUAUAAAUUAAAAUAUCGGCACUUGUUUCAAACCAAGGAGUUACAGUGCAAUGUUGUGGAGAGCCUGACAAGUGAAGAUGUGGAAAAUCUUCUUAAGAAGGGAAUUUUAAGCAAGGCAAACCCUCAGGGCUUGUUGUACCUCAUGUUCACCAACCUCAUUAGGGGGUUUGGGGCAAACACCCACUACCAGGCCCACCAGCUGUGUUGGGGACAGGUGGUGCUGAGGAAGAGCAGAGAGGUGGAGUACUUGGAGUGGAAGGAUGAUCUGAGCCCUGAGGGAAAUGAAGGGGAGCCAAACCCACUGCUCUUUGCCAAGCCUGAGGAUCCAGAGAACUGCCCGGUCUCCAGUUACAAGGAGUAUGCCAGAAGGAGGCCAGCAGACAUGCUGGAUGACACCCACCCUCUUUACCUGUCUCCCGUGCCACUGUACUCUGUCUGGGACAAAGUGUGGUACAUCAGAAAGCCACUGUCAAAAGCCAAAAUUAAUAAUAUCUUGAAAGUUAUUAUGCAGGAAGUCAGAGGAGCAGUAAAGAAGACCAGGAGAUAGGGGUGUCCCUUCAGCUUUGCCCUUCAACCACUCCAAGGCUGCUCUGAAACACAAUCCUACUGCAAUAUUUGGUGUAGGUUGAGAGCAGACAUCCUUCUGCUGAGCUUCACCUUGGCACUGAAGGUACCUACACAUCUGCAGUGCCUUGGCUUUCAGGGAAGUUCUUUUAUUGUUGUUUCUGUUACUGGAAUUGAUAAUUCAGUGAGUUAAUGAGAGUCUUCAGUUUCACAUUUGCCAAACGAGUUAAUGUUCUACCACAUUGUCAAUGCUGUUAGAAACCACCACUGCUGACACACAGAGGGCUUGGGGGUGGCAGGGCCUGGCCAGGAGUGCCAGCUGCACCCACAUUUUGAGGUGACACCCCACAAGCUCAGCCUGUGGGGAAGGAUGAGCAGCAGGACAAUGAUGGUGCUGCCAAUCCCAACCUUGCAGGAACACUUCUGGCAAGGUUCAGGUAAUUUCCCUUAGGGAAAGAUUUGUAGAUUGAAGAAGUUGUGGCUGUUCUAAGAAGUUAUUUAAAGUGUCUGACAAUGUUGAAAGGUUUUAUGGUAAGUGGUUUCCCUGGAGUGCAAAACACAGCUCCACAAAGGCACUGGGAGGUGUGCUCAGCUCCGCUCACUGCCCCAGCACUGUUACAGCUCAGGCAGGUUUUUGGUUGCAUUGUUGGCCGAGCCAAAUAAAAGAGCCUUUAAUUCA